UUCAGAUUAUAUACAGAUCUGAUGAGCGCGUCACUUAUGCUCGUGAUUGUUGCGAGUCGUAUUGUGACUGGCUGUUUUACCUCAGUUUGAGGCGAUUGCUAAACUUCUAGACUUUAAGGACAUUUGAAGCAGUAUUUUGAACAAAAUGAAAACGGACUAUAUUAGUAGACACGUCGCGGGGUAAACCGCUAAAUGUGGAGUACUGCCUAGUGUACAAGAAAGGGUUGGAUUUUAGUCUGGUGACCACCUUGCAAGAAACAGCAAUAAGAGGCUAUGGCGGGCAGGGGUGUAAACGAAAACACUCCACUUUUGGAGAACUCCACAACUUCACCCAGAUCAGAGUCAUUGUUCCAAGGCAGGAGACUGGCAUGUGCUGCCAUACUGCUGGCAGAGUCUUUAGAGCGGAUGACCUUCUAUGGCAUCACCUCAAACCUGGUACUCUUCCUCAACAGUAGCCCCUUCUAUUGGGAGGGCACUUUAGCCAGCCAAGCUCCCUUGGUCUUCAUGGGGGUCACUUAUUUGAUAUCACCGUUUGGAGGCUGGCUGGCAGAUGCAUUCCUUGGCAAGUUCUUAACCAUAGCCUUGAGUUUAGUGCUCUACUUGAUCGGGAUGCUGCUUUUCCCCCUUGUGGCCAGUGACAACACCAGGAACUAUCUGUGUGGUGAAGAGAUGGCAUUCCCUGUACAACCAGCAGAUUGUUUUCCAGAAAACGGGACUGUGCCCGCCAAUGUGACCUGCACCAAUCGGAAGUCCUACUGUGGGCCGGCAAUCUACAGCGGUCUGGUGCUGGUAGCGCUUGGGGUGGGAGCCGUGAAAUCAAACAUUACCCCGUUUGGGGCUGAUCAGGUGAAAGAUCGAGGUCCAGAAGCAACACGGCGGUUCUUUAACUGGUUCUACUGGUGCAUUAAUCUGGGAGCUAUCUUCUCGCUGGGUGGAGUAGCCUACAUUCAGCAGAACAUUAGCUUCUCAGUUGGCUACAUCAUCCCUGCUGUCUGCCUUGGGGUGUCCCUUAUCGUUUUUUGUCUGGGCCGCAUGGUUUUUAUCACCAAGCCUGCAGACGGCAGUGCCUUCAGUGACAUGUUCCGGAUCCUGGGCUCGGCCCUCUGCGGUCGUGGGCCAAAAGAACCCAGUUUGCUCAGACCAAAGCCAACUCUGCUGGAUGGCGCCAAGGUGACAUACGGUGGGCGAUUUCCAGAGGAGAAGGUGGAGGAAGUGAAAUCUCUGGUUAAAAUACUUCCUGUUUUCCUGGCCCUCAUUCCAUACUGGACUGUGUAUUUCCAGAUGCAGACCACGUAUUAUCUCCAGAGUCUUCAUCUGAGAAUUCCUGGAACCGAUCACAACUCCACAGACUCCCACCCGCACACCUUCCGUUUCCCUGCGGCUUGGCUGACCAUGUUUGAUGCCGUGCUGAUCCUCAUGUUGAUCCCCCUCAAGGAUAAAGUGGUGGACCCCAUCCUCAAACGCAAAGGCCUGCUGCCCUCCCCUCUGAAGAGAAUCGCUGUUGGCAUGUUCUUUGUCAUGUGCUCGGCCGUGGCUGCUGGCAUUUUAGAGACGAAGAGGCUGGAGAUUGUCAACAAAGAAGGCCCUAUUGAGCAGUCGUUCAGUGGAGUUAUAUACUAUGCAGCUAAUCUGGCCAUAUGGUGGCAGGUGCCUCAAUACGUCCUCAUUGGCGUCAGUGAAAUCUUCGCUAGUAUUGCAGGUCUGGAAUUUGCCUACUCCGCAGCUCCACGGUCCAUGCAGAGCGCUAUAAUGGGCCUGUUCUUCUUUUUUUCUGGCAUUGGCUCCUUUGUGGGAUCUGGACUUCUGGCUGUCGUCUCCCUCAAAGCCAUCGGCUGGAUGUCCUCACAUAAAGACUUCGGUAACAUCAAUGAGUGCACACUGAAUUACUACUUUUUCCUCUUGGCUGCCAUUCAGGGAGUCACGCUGCUCCUCUUCCUCAUUGUGUCUGUGAAGUAUGACAAACAGAAGCCCAGAGCAGGAAGCCACAGGGCCUCUCUCACCAACUCAUGACCCCAUCACAAUACCAGAUCAUGGAAAACAGCCCAUAGUUCACCAUUAUUUUCUCUCAUGUUGUUCAAAACCCAUAUGACUUUCUUUCAUUUGUAGAAUGCAAAAGAAGAUUAGCCUCAGUCACCAUUCAGUUUCAUUCCUCAUUUGUUCAUACAGUAAAAGUGGAUGGUGACUAAGGCAAACAUUCUGCCUUACAUCUUCAUUUGCGUUCUACUGAAGAAAAAAGUCACGUGGGUUUGGAAUAAAAUUAGGGGACGAAAAUGAUGACAUAAUUUUCAUUUUUGGCCAAACUUGCCCUGUAAGACUCUUGGUAUUAUAAUAAUGAGGUAGGAUUUUAAACAUUUGAUUCGACACUUGAACCCCUUCUGUUUACAUAAACUGUCCAUUUGUAGCAAUUUUAAACACACAAUUUGAGAGAAAACAGAAAAACAAACCUCAAGUGGCAGUUAGCUAAAAAUGGUUUUGCAUAAAAUGUUUUAUUUAAAAUGAUGUUGGAAAAUUAGGUUUGUUCACUCCAUCAGCAAACUGGAAAUGCUUGUUUGUUGUAGUGUGUAGUUCAAAUGACACUUUUAAGGGAUAUUUCACACAAAAAUGAAAAUUCUCUCACCCUCACGCCAUCCCAGAUGUGUAUGACUUACUUUCUUCUGCAAAACACAAAUAUUUUAAAAAGAAUAUUUCUCUGUUGUUUCUCACAAGGCAAGUGAAUGGUGACCAGAAAUUUGAAGGUCUAAAAGGUAGUAUAAAAGUAAUCCAUAAGACUCCAGUGGUUAAACCGAUACCUUCUGAAGCAAUAUGAUAGGUGUGAGUCAGAAACAGAUCAAUAUAUAAGUCCUUUUUAAACUGUAAAUCUACACUUUCACUUCCACAUUCUGAUGUUGAAGUGACUUUCACAAUCAGCCACCUACUGAUUGGGGCUGGUCAAAGGUGAAGAUUGAUAGUAAAAAAUGGACUUUAAUAUUGAUCUGUUUCUCACCCACAGCUAUCUUAUUGCUUCAGAAGACAUGGAGUUAACCACUAGAGUCUUAUGGAUAACUUUUAUGCCUCCUUUAUGCCAUUUUUGAACCUUCUGAGUUCUGGUCAACAUUCACUUGCAUUGUAUGGACCUACAGAGCUGAGAUAUUCUUUUAAAAAUGUCAUUUGUGUUCUGCUGAAGAAAGAAAGUCAUGCACAUCUGGGAUGCCAUGAGGGUGAACUUAACCCUUUAACAAUUUGGAGAUUAUGGUCUUUUGAGUAUAUUUGUACUUUUGUUUGGAGUCUUUUCAAAUUGUUCUAUACUCACUGACCCUUAUAUUGAAGGUGGUCUUGCAAUUAUUUACAGUGAGUUGUAUAACUGAAAAUGUUAUUGUUUUUGAACGGUUGGAUUUGAAUAUUUAUUGAACCUAUUAUUUUUUUAUUGUGGAUUGCACUUGUGAAAUUCUGUACUGCUGCACUUACAUAUCUAGUCCAUUUUUAUUUAAAUUUGUCUUUUUGGGCAUGUGUUGUGGUACUUUUUAAUAGUUUUAACAAUACUACUUUUUAACGAUUAAUUAUUUUCCUUUUUUGUUCACUAAAUAUACAGUUCAGGCACUAUUUGCACUGUAUGAUGAAUCUCAGGUCAGUCAUUUUAUUAAUUAAUACGAAUUGGCUGUGUUUAACUGAUGUCUAAAACAGCAAGUAUGAUUGGUUAUUUGAAAUGGUGCCUUUACACAAGUAGCACAUACAGAGUAUUGUCAAAAUAAUUAGUGAAGUAUUUAAUUAAAACGGCAGUACUUUUUUUUUUUUUUUAAUGGCUUAAUUCAGUUUUUUACAGCUUGAUUGAAUUAGUAACUUUGGUACCAAACAUAUAGCAUUUUAAAGGUCUGUGUCUGUUGUAGAUGUUUUAUUAGGCAUUACUUUUCCAUUAGCUUGUUUUUAAUGAAUUUGCAUGAUACAUUGUAUUUCCAAGCACUUCAGUACUCUACGUGUAUAAUGGUUAUGACAUGAGCACAGCAAACAAACAUCAUCAGAUAAAUAAUGUCCUCAAGGAGAAUUUGCACAAGAUCUCAUUAUGCUCGUCUUAAAUAGGAAGACGUUUUUGUGCAAAUUUAAAUGAAUAGUUUCUUUUUGUGAAAACACCGUAAAAUUGCACAGUGCUUUUAUUAUAAACAACAACCCUUGUCUGCAUGAGGAUAUGAAUGAAAUCACAUUUGCACUAAUCUCUUGUAAAAAUACAUUUAUAAUUAAGGAUUUAUAAUUACUUGAUGUCAUUAAUUUUACAUGCAGGCUCAUUAGACAUCACUUCACAUUCAUAAAAAUGUAUACCUCAGCUUCAUAAUGGUAUCAUGGUGUAGAGGGCUUUAUGCUUGAUGUAAUUUUGAUGCAAAUUCAGCAAUGACAACCAUAUUUUAUUUAUUUUUUUUUUGUUAUUGACAACUAAUUACGUUUGCUUUCUUUGCAAAAUUGUAUCAACACUCCCAUUAUGUUUCGGUGUUGGUCCUUUGUGUUUUAACACAGAUAUACGAGGGUUCAAGUCACACUUUUUCAGCAGUUACAAAUUGUGCCUUCAAUGCCAAUAUUGCUCCACAUUACUGUUGCUACUGAUGCACUCUCUCAUCUCUAUCCAUUUACAUGUAUUAUUUCAAAGUGUUCAUUAGGUACGUGAAAUGAUCUAUAUCCUCUUGAAUCUGUUUUGAUGAAAAUUCACUAGAGACAAUAUAAUACACCCUUAUGAAUCUGUGAACAAUUUGUUGAAAUAUUAAGAAUUGUUUGCUCGGUAGGAUGAAAGGGCAUCAUUAAUUACGAACUGGGCAAGUUCAAAAGCUUUUUUUAAUAUUUUUAUUUUAUUUUAUUGAACUAAACCAUUUCCCUCAAAUGAUGUCAUUAUAAACUGCAAUAUUCUCAAACACAUUUGAGUGUAUGCUGUAAAAUGUUGCAAACUUUUUUCCCUUUAAUAUAGUUCAUGCUUAAUGAAAUGGAUUUCAGUUGUUUUUCUCUCUACAAUAAAAUGUAUCUGACCUCUGA